AGCAAGCAGCAACGGGAAUCAGCGACACCACUCGCAGCCCGGUACAUUUUCACUGUCAUCUUCGCAGACUUCGAAACCGUCGAUACCAGUUAACAGCUGGCCACCCUAGACACAUCACUUCAACCACUUCACAUUCACAGCCCGGCGGCCUGAGGUCCCACCGUCACAAUGGGUCAAAACCAGUCGGGUAAUAUGGGAGGGUGGCCAACGAUGGCAAGGGAUGACAAGGACAAGAAGAAGGAGAAGCACAAGCACGAGCCUCCCCGAGACCUACCACCCGCAUCGGUCGCAAGAAGAAGAGAGCCGGCGGUGCCAGUGCCGCCGCCAAUUUACCGCCCGUCUGCCCUGACCAGUCGAUGCAAGCUCAGGUUGUUGCGCAUGCAGCGUGUUCACGACCAUCUGUUACUCGAGGAGGAAUAUGUCGAGAACCAAGAGCGCUUGCGCAAGGCGAAAGCCGCCAAGGACAAUGCCGUUCCAGCUGCCUCCGGAAGCCGAGGCUGCGGAUCGCAAUGCCGAUGA